AUGCGCAUUGUAGGCCACUACAACAUCCAACACAUACCUAGGCUAGUGAAAGUAAUCGUGCUAGACGUCACGGAAACAGAAAACGCAUGCAAUAAAGUAACCCAAUUCUCUGCAAAAACCACCAUCUCCAGAAGAGAAGCUGAUGAUAUUGUCGACCAGUUGGUGGUUGAUUUCCCAGACACCAAAAUCUUCAACUUCGAUUUGAAACAUGCCGCUUACCCCAUCUGGUUCUACGAUAAAGUGUUCUACCAAGCAACAGCUAAAGAGUCAAUCAAUUACUUCAUUUCCCAUAGACCCUCAGAUAUCACAGAAAGAAUAAAGUUCCCUUUACAAAACGAAGCAUUUUUAAUGUCAACCUCCGAGUUACCAGCCGACAGUUGCCUUGAUUCAGAUCUGGAAGUGGAAAACCCAGACUACGUAGAACACUAUAAGAAAUUGCUAUUGAGGGUUCUUGAAUACAAACGUGUCGACCUUGACAAUGACGCAGAGGUUGGUGCAAUACUAACAAAAUACAAGAGCAUACAAGAUUACCUGCAGAAUUGCAGGGUUUCUGAAUGA